CUUCACUCAACAAAAACAACACAGCUGGUGGUGCCGAAUUCGCUGCCGAUUUUCGAAUUUUCUGGGAAAAUGGCCAGCCAAGCGAGAAUUCUUUCCAGACUCGUCAGUCCCGCGCGAACUGAUUUGCUCCGCGGAAUGGUCUCGCAGGCCAAGAGCCCUUCUGGCGGCCCCUCCAGUUCGAUUCCCAACGUCCAGGGCCUCAGCGCCAAGUGCCUCAAGGUCCCCAACGAACCCGUCGGUCCUGGAGCGAAAAAGGACGGCGCCUACAAGAACCCCGAGUACUACUGCUACAACGACACCUCCUAUUUCGAGGCCGAAAUCGAGAUGGCCAAAUAUAGAAUUCCUCAGCCAUCCAACAAGAAGUAAAGGGACUUAAUUCUUGAUUUAAUUGCUUGUACAGAUGUGAUAGUGAAUAGAGAAAAACAUGACUGUUUA